AUGGCGACAGCGAUCAAGGAUCUCUACGCGCGUCUCUCCAACGUCUACACCUCGUUCAGCCCGCCUUCGGUCGCCAAGCGCACCGUCUCGGAUGCAGCGGCUGGCUCUUCCGCCGGCCCUCUGAGGCUCGGUAUUCUGGGCGCCGCCAACAUCGCGCCGCCCGCCGUCAUCAUCCCCGCCCGAUCGCAUCCGGAUGUCAUCGUCUCGGCCGUCGCUGCGCGCUCCAAGGACAAGGCCACGGCCUACGCCAAGAAGCACGGCAUCCCGCACGUCUUUGACUCGUACGACCAGCUCAUCAACGACCCCGGCAUCGACGUCAUCUACAACCCACUCCCCAACGGUCUGCACUACGAGUGGACGCUCAAGUGCAUUGCCGCCAAGAAGCACGUGCUGCUCGAGAAGCCGUCGACCGCCAACGAGGCAGACACCAAGAAGCUCUUUGAGGAAGCAAACAAGGCCAACGUGCUCGUCCUCGAGGCGUUCCACUACCGAUUCCACCCGGCACUCCACGAAUACGCCUACAGGCUGCACGACUUUAUGUCGCCUCAGAACCCCUUGACCGAGGUCGAGGCACAUCUCAAUGCGCCCGGCGGAAUCUUUCCCGAUGACGACAUUCGCUUCAACUGGAAGCUCGCCGGUGGCUCGCUCAUGGACACUGGCUGCUAUCCCACCUCGGCGGUGCUCUACACCAUGCGAGCCGCUGCCGGAUCGUGGCAGCGUGCCAACUGGGAGGACGGCAUCGAGGUGCGAGAGGCUCAUCCCACCCACUUUUACCCCAAGGACACCAAGUCCAAGGCGCAUCUCAAUGCCAAGGGUGAUCCGGCGAUCGAUGGCGUCAUGGAGGCGACGGUGCUCGUGCCUACAGCCCGCCCCGCCAAGCUGCCGUGCAAGAUCGAGGCCUCGCUUUCCAAGGCGCUGUUCACUAUCCCCAUCAUCGGAUGGCGCGUGCCCAAUCUCUCGAAAGUCACUCCGACGCUCAAAGCUACCUUCAAGGACGGCAGUACCGUCGAGCUGCAGAACUUUGUGGGGCCCUGGCUCUGGCACACCAUCAAGGCGACCUACCGCGGCAAGUCGGCAGCAGAGGCCGGUGUGGCUGAGGGCACAACACGCAGCUACAAGGCGUAUGUACCUGGCGACACGGCUGGCACCGAUCAGAUGCGCAGGGCGGCGAAAGACGGUCACUGGCCCAAGGGCACAGGUCAGCCAUGGUGGUCCACGUACAGGUGGCAGCUGGAAGCGUUCGUGCUGGGCGUCAAGGCGGUGAAGGCAGGCACUAAGCCAGAUGAAGUGUCGCCCAUCAACAUGAUCAACGAGGACCGAAGUGCCGACACACCGCGAGCGCCCGUCUGGGUGCAAAACGAAGAGUCGGUCAUCAUCAUGAAGACCAUCGACGCCAUCUAUGAAAAGUCCGGCCUGGCUAAGAGGGUUUCCCUCACGGCAUAG